AUGAAGAGUGUGGACUUGGUCGCAGCGAUGAACCUACAGGACCUCCGCAGGGGCCACGACUCCGUGAAGCUGAUCAAGUUCGCGGACGACACCACCCUCAUUGGACUCAUCUCCAACAACGAUGAGUCCGCCUACAGGAGGGAGGUGGACCGGCUGGUGUCCUGGUGCAGUGGUAACAACCUGGAGCUGAACGCCCAGAAGACAGUGGAGAUGAUUGUGGACUUCAGGAAGAGCACUGUCCCCCCGCCCCCACCCUCCGUGAUGGACUCCCCCAUCACCUCUGUGGAGUCCUUCCGUUUCCUGGGCACCACCAUCACCCAGGACCUCAAGUGGGAGCCGACCAUCAGCUCCCUCAUCAAGAAGGCCCAGCAGAGGAUGUACUUCCUGCGGCAGCUCAGGAAAGCCAAGCUGCCUGCACAGAUGUUGGCGCAGUUCUACACGGCCAUCAUCGAGUCCAUCCUCACCUCCUCCGUCACCGUGUGGUUCGCUGGAGCCACAGUCAGGGAUAAACAGAGACUACAGCGCAUUGUGCGCUCUGCAGAGGAAGUGAUCGGCCGCAGCCUUCCAUCGCUGCAGGACCUAUACAUAAAGAUUGGUGACAAAGAGUGUGAGUUCAGCCCAAAUUUCCGGCUCAUUCUGCACACCAAACUGGCCAGUCCGCACUACCAGCCCGAGCUGCAGGCCCAGUGCACCCUCAUCAACUUCACUGUGACACGGGACGGGCUGGAGGAGCAGCUGCUGGCCUCUGUGGUCAGCAUGGAGCGGCCCGAUCUGGAGCAACUCAAGUUGACCGCCGUGUCUGUUUAUGUAGCCGGUUCGGAGCUAGUCUUCAUGUUGGUUCUUAAACAUCACAUUUGA